AUGAAUGCUUUGAUUUUGCAGGAGAAUCUGGUCGAAGAUGAGUUCAGUGGUGUUGAAAUAUGGUCAACCGAAUCUGAGGAUGAAGAAGUAAGAAAGCCUUCGCAUGGGAGUGCCUAUGUGGUUAGCGAAGGAGUCAGUAGUUCAGCUGGGAAGUGCCUGAUGGUGUCUGCAGAAAUACCAACCGAAGGUGAGGAUAAGGAGCCGGAUCUGAAUAGGGACAAGUGUUUUGCAGCCAAGCCCGUGAGCAAAACGAUCAACGACUGCGAUCGGUUUAUCAAAAAGGAGGAUGAAGUUAUCGAUGAAUGUGAAUCAAUAAUGUCCUCAGAUGAGAUUCAGUCACAAAACACAUCUGAAUUUGAUGAGGAAAGUGAGAUGAGUGAAAUUUUGGUGGAAGAUGUAAUUGAAUGUUCUGAGUUCUUAAAGAGAGAAACCGAGACUGAAAGUCCCCUUAUAUCUGAAAAAUAUGUUGAGUAUGCUCGCUUGUCAAAAGACAAGUCAAAGAAACUGAAAGAAAAAGCAGUGGUGUACCAAAAGGUUCAAACAGUGCCAAAUCAGGUUUAUGUUGUCAAAUACGAAACUGUUGGCUUGUCAGAGCGAACAUCAUGUAGGGUAAAGGGUAGGUACGUUGCCGAACCCAUCAACAAACCAUCAAGUUUUGACAAACCAAGCACAAGUGGAACCAAAGAGAUACCGGAAGAAAUGGGAAAGAAACCGGAAGCUUCGAAUCUAUCUUCCAAGACAACCAAAGCUCAAAAGGAGAAGCCGAAGUCAAGCUUCAACAUUCAUAAAUCUCAACAGCAGUUGGCUAAACAAAAACGGGAAAUAAGCCGAAGAUACAUGAAAAAUAUGAAUGAGCCAAAACAAUUUUGGCAGUCUCAAAACCCUAACCACGUUCCUACCAAGAAAGAAACAAAUUUCAAAGGAAAUUACAAAUUCAAGAACAACCAACAGUCCAAAAUCAGAAGCGACUUCCAAGUUAAAGACGUUUAUCAAGCAAGUGGAACUGCAGCUACGCAAGGUGAAAAAGCUAUACACUCGGAGGCAAAAGCAGCAGACAACAAAAUCGACCAUCUGAAAAAGAUUAUCGAAGAAGCUGCGAAAGACAUGGUGAAGGAUCCUUCAAAACCAACUGUUGAUCGAACCUCUAUUAACCCUCCAAAUAACAGCUCAAUAUUCGAGGGGGAGUGUUCUUCUGUGUCUCAUACAACCGAGCAGGAGAUUCCAACUCCAACCGAGGAGGAGAAUCCAACUCCAACCAAUGGGGAGGAUCCUGAACCUGAAAAGGAACACACUUCGCCAUUUGAGGGGGAGAAUGAAAAUUCAAAUGGCGAAGAUGAUCGAUCAGAACUCGAAGAAGAGGUAGAUGCAGAGUUGGAUCCUGUCUAUGACCCGAACUACCCUCCUAUGACAUAG